UGUACCCCUUCACUUUACUCUUCAUUGAAGAAAAAAAACCCUUUUCAUAUUCCCAAUUUCCAAUCUCAGGUUCCAAUUGAAAAUCCAUGGAGAAAGUGUUGAACAAGGCAGUAUUUUUUCCAUCAAUUUUGAAUUCUAGUGAUGUUUAUCAUUAUAAUCAACAUGGGGUUUGUGUUUUUCCAAUGAAAUUCAAUAGAAGAAAUCACAAAUCAGCAGCUACUACUGCUCAGAUGAGCAUAGGUAUCAGGAAAGCUCCUAAAUGGUGGGAGAAAGGACUUCAACCGAAUAUGAAAGAGGUGACGGGUGCUCAAGACCUCGUUGACACCCUUCUAAACGCUGGGGAUAAACUAGUCGUUGUCGAUUUCCUUUCCCCUGGCUGUGGAGGCUGCAAAGCCCUUCAUCCAAAGAUACGUCAGUUGGCAGAGAUGAAUCCGGAUGUGCUGUUUUUGCAUGUGAACUAUGAGGAACACAAGUCAAUGUGUUACUCGCUGAACGUACAUGUUCUCCCAUUUUUCCGUUUCUAUAGAGGUGCUGAAGGUCGUCUUUGUAGCUUUAGCUGUACCAAUGCCACGAUAAAAAAAUUCAAAGAUGCAUUGACAAAGUAUGGUGCAGAUUGUUGCAGCCUCGAACCAGUUAAAGGGCUCGAGGAGAAAGAGCUACUUGCCCUAGCAGCUAAUAAGGACCUCUCUUUUGCUUACACACCAAAAACAGAAGAACCAGUACCUGUUGCCUUACAAGAAGUUAUGGUGAUAAAAACAAGCAGAACAUCUUCAUCUUGUCCAAAUACAUUCUCCCCUUUACCACUUCCCCUUCCUCUUCCUCUAGCUUCAACUUCGCAUAAGGCCAAACAGGACUCAAAGAGUGAAGUUUGUUAAGAUAUUGGACCUUGG